AAGCGCACGUACAGCCUGUGUGUGUUUUGAACGUAUCAGAUUUGAUACGUGUGUCUUUAUCAUGCAACUGUGGCUGGUCGUCUGAGACACGAACUAAAUUCUUUAUUUACUGUUCAAAUCUUUUUAAAUGAAUACCGAGGUCAUGUUAUCUCCUGUGUGUCAUUUAUAUAGGACGACUAUUAUUAGCUGUCAGUCACUGUAUCCAAUAUUUAACUUCAUGCCACGAUUUUAAUAUUUUGGCCGGCAAUUUAUUCUUAGUUUUUUUCUUUAUCUUCAAAUAGCUCGUCUUAUCAAAAGUGAUUACAGUGACCACACAGCAACCUCUCUGCACUGUCAAUGCCACGACUAUACCAGUCAGUAAACACGGCUGCUUGAUGCGUUUUUGACCGCAGCUGAGGUUGCCCCGUGUAGGGGGGGCGCAGUGCUUGUUUACACUUCAAAAAAAACAAUAAAUAAAUAAAUACAAGUGCAAGCAAUAAUUUUCUUAUUCUUGUUGGAUCGACCGUCCUUGUUUUGUAGGACCGGCAGAAACGGGUUUCACCGGUGCCACGUUACCGGAGCUCCCUCCCUGCCCUGCCUUCCCUGGGUGUGGCUGCGAUGCCGGUCUGGGUGCAAUGAGCUCCACUGUGUGGUACACCAUGCAGAACAUCCAGAGCAAGUACUCCCUGUCCGAGCGACUCAUCAGAACCAUCGCGGCCAUCCGCUCCUUCCCUCACGACACCGUGGAGGAUCUCAUCAAGAGGGGAGCUGAUAUUAACAGCAUGCACGGGACCCUGAAGCCGCUGCACUGUGCCUGCAUGGUGGCCGAUGUUGACUGCGUGGAGCUGCUGCUGGAGAAAGGAGCCGAGGUCAAUGCUCUUGAUGGUUAUAACCGCACGCCGCUGCACUACGCCGCGGAGAAGGACGAGGUCUGUGUGGAGCUGCUGCUGGAACACGGGGCGGUGGCCGACGCCCUCGACGGCAAUCUGGACACCCCCCUGCACUGGGCCGCCUUCAAGGACAACGCGGAGUGCGCCCGGGCCCUGCUGGAGGGGGGCGCAGCCCCGGACCCCCGCGACUACAACCAGGACACCCCCCUGAGCUGGGCCGCCAUGAAGGGGAACCUGGAGAGCGUGCGGGUGCUGCUGGAGUUCGGGGCGCAGGUUCGGGUCUGCAACCUCAAGGGCCAGAGCCCCGUGUCCCGGCUGGCCGCCCUGCUGGCGCGCGGGCUCGGCACAGAGAAGGAGGAGGCCUGCCUUGAGCUCCUGGGCCGGGCGGUCGGUCACCUGGACCUGCGCGACCGGGAGGGCAGGCUGCCCCGAGAGCUGGCCCGGGACCCCCAGCUGUGCCGCAAGCUCACCCAGAUGUGCGCCGCCCCCCCCAGCCUGCGGGCUCUGGCGCGGUGCGCGGUCAGGAGCAGCCUGGGAGUGCGGCACCUGCCACCGGCCGUCAGGGAGUUACCCCUGCCAGAGUCUGUGAAGGACUAUCUGCUGCUGCUGGACUGAGAUACUGGGGAGAGCAAUACAAUACAGUACAGUACAGUACAAUACAGUAAAGUACGGAAGUGUUUUUAUUUUAGUUUGGGUGAACU